AUGCCCACUCCCCUAGAUAAUGCAAUGAAGUCAAAGAAUGCUAUUCUCGCAUUCACGGGUUUAGUAACGGGUGCCGCCGUCUGGGCCAUCUGGGGCGGUGAUAUGUUUCCUAAGGAGUCGGACCCAAAAGGUGACCCAGAUACAUGGACGCAUGAAGAGAUGAGGAGAUGGCUUUCUGCUCGUCUCGCGCGGUUCUUGGACCGUCCACUAUUUCCCUGGAAGAAGCUGAUUGUCGGCUUCUCCCUCGCCCACUACUUCUUCGAGAGCUUCUUGUCUCUCCGCCAGUACCAGGUCCUCCAAAAGACCAAGCCCCCCAAGGUUCUCGAGCAGCAAAUCUCCCAGGAAGUCUUCGACAAGAGUCAGGCUUACGGCCGCGCAAAGGCCAAGUACGGUUUCGUCAGCAAGCUUUGGGGUCAGGUUCAGAACAUCGCCUUUAUACAAUAUGACGUCCUGCCCAAGCUCUGGGCGUGGUCGGGUAGACUGCUGCUUAGCUAUGCGCCCGCCCGCUUCACCGGUGAAAUCUCGCAGUCCAUCGUCUUCGUCCUCGCCUUCGUCAUGAUCCAACAGGUUCUCUCCCUGCCCACUUCGAUCUACCACACCUUCGUCCUUGAGGAGAAGUUUGGGUUCAACAAGCAAACACCCAAGCUCUUCAUCACGGAUCUCAUCAAGUCGCAGCUUCUCACCGUCGUCCUUACCCCGCCUAUUCUGGCUGGUUUCCUCAAGAUCAUCCAGAAGACUGGCGAUCAGUUCUUCUACUACCUCUGGAUGUUCGGUGCCUUCCUCCAGGUGUUCAUGAUCACCGUUUACCCGAUCGCCAUUCUGCCUCUGUUUAACAAACUCUCUCCGCUGGAACCUGGCGAGCUCAAGACUGGAGUCGAGGCUUUGGCCAAGAGACUCAACUUUCCGCUGCACGAGCUCUACGUGAUUGAUGGUAGUAAGCGCUCUGCUCACAGCAACGCCUACUUCUUUGGCCUGCCGUGGAAGAAGCACAUUGUCAUCUACGAUACCUUGAUUGAGAAGAGCGAAACCCAGGAGGUCGUUGCUGUGCUCGCGCACGAGCUUGGUCACUGGAAGCUUGGCCAUACCACUAGCCUGUUUGGUAUUGCUCAGGCGCACUUCUUCUACAUCUUCACACUCUUCUCCGUAUUUAUCAACAACAAGUCUCUGUAUGCCGACUUUGGGUUUGUCAACGAGCGACCCAUCAUCAUCGGCUUCCUGCUCUUCUCUGAUGCGCUUGCGCCCAUGGAUGUUCUCAUCCAGCUUGGUAUGAACAUUCUGAGCCGCAAGUUUGAGUUCCAGGCCGACGACUUCGCCAAGGGCCUUGGAUACCCAGUCGAGCUGGCACGAUCUCUCAUCAAGCUUCAGAUUCAGAACCUGAGCAACAUGGAUGCCGACUGGAUGUAUGCUAGCUACCACUUCUCGCACCCUAUUCUGUCAGAGAGGCUUAGGGCGCUUGGAUGGCAGUCAAACGAGAAGAUUGAUAUCAAGGAGAAGAAGGAGACCGAUGAGGGUGUGGUCAAGGCCUCGGGCAGAGAUGAAUUGUAAAUGACGUCAUGGAGUAUGGAGAGACAAUUCAGCGUCUGUUCUGAGAUUAUGGUCAAACCGGAAAUGUUCACCGUUGUCGAUGGUUGGCUUUAGGGAGAAUGUAAAUCUGCAGUGUGUUUGCGGAUCUCAUGUAUGAUAUAAAAAUACCGUAGAGCUGAAUCUGCCAUCGGUCUGCGCCUUGAAAUACAAACCAUUCUUGAAUGCAAUGCAGGGUUGAUCCGAUAAGGAACGCUAUGACGGUCAGCCGGUGAGGAGAUAAGGUGCUUGAGAACAGAGUCAUGAAGGGCCUGCUAGGCACACGAUAAACCCAACAAACUUUGGGCGGAUGAUAUCACAAAGCCUUGCUGAUGCUUUCUUUCUCCGGCCUCUCAACGACGAGUGUGGCCCGGGAUUGACAUGCGGUCUGUGAGGCUUCACCGAACCAAGAGCGAGGUUAUCAUAUCAAGAAAAAGCAAACCUAAACUCUUUUUUUAUCAGGCAUUCAUUUUAUCUUUCUAGUCCCGCACGUCCGGGGUCGGUUCUUCAGGUUGGUAGCAGGUUUUUUUUAAACCCAGUAGUACGAUCGAUAGAUAAAGCAUUGAAAUAGAAAAAGAAAAAAAAUGCCGAUCAUCGGACUUAUCUAGAUAGAUAACUGCGAUCGUAGUGAGGCACGGAGUAAGGCACAUAGUACCAACGCUGUCAGGUACGGUAGGCACGCAAGUUCAUCCCGUCUUGCGGGAAGGAACCUGAAAUAACUCGUAGCACUCGGCAAGUCGGGGUGGACCCGGGUCGCUUCUUUUCUGCAAGUCCCAGUUGAGGGUAGAGCGGGAAGCGGGAAGGUUGAAAGGGGACGAAAGCUUGUUCUGC